CUUGACUGCCUGCUAUGCCUCAAGCUGUGAGCACACAUCAGCGGUGCCAAUUGUCGACUUUCAACCGGGAAAACCUAAACUCGCUGCGGAGCAAUCUUCCAGGCCGUCAUUCCGGUAGACUUGGCCCAAAACCAGAUAAUAUAGUACUGACACGCUAGCAAGUCGUUUAUUACGGGCGACAUGGUUUCGACAACCACGGAUGUGAAGUCGCUGGAUCCUGUGAAUGGUCAGGCUGGUCAGGGUGAUGACACACAGGAUACAGAGGCUCAGAAUGUUGUCACGACUACACGCCCAUACACAGUGUUUACCAAGGGACAGAAACGAUUCAUCAGCCUAGUCGCCUCUUUCGCAGCCAUGUUCUCGACGCUGAUGAGCUACAUCUACUACCCAGCUCUGGUGCCGAUGUCACGGUCCCUCGGUGUGUCGGUGUCCUUGAUCAACCUGACGGUCACGUCGUACCUGAUUGUUGCCGCGAUCGCCCCGGCGUUCAUGGGAGACAUGGCCGACCAGGCGGGGCGACGCCCCAUCUACAUCCUGAUGUUCACGCUGCUCAUCGGCGCCAACAUCGGCAUGGCGCUCCAGGACUCGUACGCUGCGCUUUUCGUGCUGCGGAUGCUCCAGAGCGCCGGCUCGUCGGGGCUGACCUCGGUCGCAUAUGGAGUCAUUGCGGACAUUACCGUGGCUGGAGAGCGGGGUGGGUUCGUUGGGACCAUGCUCGUUGCAACGGACUUUGCAGUCAGCCUGGGGCCGGUGAUAGGCGGGGUCAUCGCGCAAGAAGCCGGGUGGAGGUGGAUUUUCUGGUUCCUUGUCAUCCUGACUGGGUCACAUUUUCUGAUUGUGAUUCUGUUCCUCCCAGAGACACAGCGCAACAUCGUCGGUGACGGGAGCGGAAAGGCCAGGGGUGUGUACUGGAGCUUCUUCAGCGCCUUGCAGAAGCAUGAGAAGGAAGGGCCUUCGACACAUAUAAUGAAGCCCAUGCGGCAUUAUCCCAACCCCUUUGCUUGUCUGCCGAUCUUGGCCAAUAAGCAGUCCCUGGUCGUUAUCCUGCUCUAUUCCCUCACCUACGCGGUCAAGAUGACCUUGCAGGCUUCCCUCGGAGCACAGUGUGUCGAAAUCUAUCAGCUGGACUAUCUCAAUGCUGGGCUGAUUUACCUACCGUCGGGAGUUUCGGGUGGCGUUGGAGCCUUUUGUACUGGGAGGUUUCUGAACUACUAUUACCGCCGGACCGUCAACAAGCUUUCGGACGGAAAUGAGAGAUCAUUCAAUGGGCACGAGGUCGACUUUCCAAUCGAGAAGACGCGUCUGAAGGGAGCCUAUAUCCUUAUCAUUGUCAGUGGCUUGGGCACUUUGGGUUACGGGCUUGCUUUGAUGACCAGGACGCAUAUUUCUGUCAUGAUCAUCAUGCAGUUCCUGACGGGAGUCACAACUGCGAGCCUGUUCGCUAUGACUGGCACGUUACUCACGGAUCUGAACAUGCAACGGUCCGCGACGGCGUCAGCAGCGAUGAGCAUCGUCAGGUGUCUGGGAGCUGGCGCUGCCGUUGCCGCCGUGCAACCGCUGGCAGACUCGAUUGGCCUGGGCUGGUGUUUUGCCAUCUACGCGAUACUGAUGCUCAUCGAGCUGCCAUUGGCAUGGCUUAUACAGAAGAAAGGCAUGAAAUGGAGGAGUGAGCAGGCGGCGCGAGAGUCCUAGAAAGUGGUUGUGCAGGCAUCGCUUAGGUAGACCGACGCGCGCGGGAAUUCAUGCUUGGCUGGGAAGGGGCAAAGAAAUAGACAGGAUGUAAAGAAUAGAAUUUGCGAGAGAGAAGUUGCAUUUUCAAACCUGGUGGGCAAGCAAUGGCACCACCGUCACAAAGCUGAUUAAUGACCGUAUCAUCGUGCCCAGGUGCUCUCCCCAAUCGAGGAACGCAGAAGGAUUUGCGACUCGAUACGUGGAUGAAAUCAUACCGUCCACAAGAAUAUUGGUGGAUAAUAUCAGGGCUUUCUUCAAAAUCUAUUUCAUCGCGUAUAAUGUGUAUAAUGUUGAGCACUA